CUAAUGAGUGAAUGUUAUUUAACGCCGCUAUCAGCAAUUAAUAUUCCAACUAAUAUUCGGGGUAGGGCGAUGGGCAGGCAGCCACAUUCUCGACAUCCCAGUAGUGUAAUGACCUCAUUUUACGAUAACUCCGUACACACAAACCUUACCACAUGAUGUGAUAAAAAAUCAUAAAAUCCGGUUAAUGAUAAUUUGUCCUGCAACCAGAGUAUAUGUAUUUCAUGAAAAUAAAAUUUAACAAAGCAAGGUUAGCUAGCUCUGUUCUAAAUCAGCAUUUAGGAAAUGAAUGUCAAGAGGACGUAAAGGUAAAGUGUGACAAAAUAGGUCACAUACUAUAUGUUAGUCUAAUAUAUAGAAGCGAAUACAUUGCCUAUGAGCCCUAAUAUAAUAAUGACAACUCUCCAGGUGUAAAUCAUAUAUCAGCCGGUUUCUCAGAAUUCUCAGCUACAAUUGCGAAACAUCGACAUGUCCAUAGGUAUAGCAAGUUGAAGGUAGGGCAGCUGUGAAUUAUUAAACGGAUUUUUUAAAUGUAUGCCACACCAUUUGUGUGUAAAUUAUCCAGCAUGGUAACUGACUACGGUAACAUACUAUUCCUGUUCCUAUUGAUCAUGUAUGUACCACAUGACCUCGUGACAAGCAGCUAUAUUGCAUAACGCCUUGACGUUAGGUUCAUAUAAAAUUAAACGUGUAUGUUGUACAAUAAAUGCAUGACUGAAAAUAUGUUUGUAUUGAUAUAAUAUCUCCUUGUUGCUUGCCGUCUUAUUUACGAAUGUCAUCAAUAAUAGUAUCCUCGCAUAUGCAUUGCAUUAUAUCGAAUGUUCUAGCUCCACGCGGGGUAAGCUUUAUAAAUAGAUUGGGUUUUCCAGGUUUUUUAAGGGAAAGGGGUUUUCCCAUGUGCGAUAUAAGCAAUUUCAGGCAACUUUUGCCAUUUAUACACGGACCCUGUUGAACGUUUGAUGUGCAAGUAGUGCCUUCCUGUUGAUUACAUGUUUCUUCAAAAAAGAUCGGAACUUCAUACUACAACACAGUAAUCACGUGUGUCGUUGCAACGGGAUUGUUGACAGCGAGUUCGUUCCAAGAUGGUGUCGCCCAAGUUGUACCUAACGUGUUUCGUUGUUCUUUCCAUGCAUACUGGACUGACACAUGGGUUUCAGUGUUUCCGAGACAGUUGUGAAGCCGGCCGGCAAUACUGUGUGCAGGAACGAGAGCGAUGUUUUCUCUGCUCGGACAGGGAGAGUGAAUGUGGCCUGGCCACCAUGCCCAGUGACUGCGCUGCGUUCUGCUCAGAGGUGGUGUUGAGAAAAAGAUUAUCGGAAAUAAACGAAACAAACUCGAAACUCGAAACACAGGAAUUGCAGUGUAUGGAACAUUUGAACAAGAGCCACGCUGAAAUCAUGCAACUCAGUGAACAGAUCACUGACACACAGCAAAAAUAUGGAAUUUUGAAAAUCGAAAAUACAGAGCUCGCGAAACAAAUUUCUGAGCUACAUAACAAAACGGAGUCAAUGAACGUGUCGGAGAACAGGAACACGGAAAUCCAUUUGAAGAGGAUAAGUCAUCUCCAAAACGAAAUCAAAGAUUGGAAAAUUGGGUGUGUCGUUGGAUGGGUUCUGCUAUUGCUCAGUAUUGUUUGGCAAACGAAGAAAUGUCUACUCCGUCAGUUCAAACGCAAAAAGAACCUACCCGACGACGAGAAACUACUUAGCCAAAACGAACUACACGCAGGUGCAAGGGAACCUGAAUCGGUAGUUAUAGAUAUGAACAAAGAAGAAAUGCGUGUAUCUGAAUAUCAAGACUCUGCCAUGGGAUCCGCAUCUUCCCUAGACAGCGAGACUCGUGACAGUGAGGGCGGGAGGCAACACACUGAGGUCAAUUUAGACAGCCGGCCAAAGAAGAGAGCAGGCCCGACCUCCGAUAGUGGAUGUGAAUGUGGACACCCCCAUGGAACAGGAGUUAAACCCUGUAAAUGCAACCUUCCUGUUGCCCCAACUAAGGGAGAGAACUCUGAGCGUGCUGCUAUGGCGGUGAACCCGACACCAAUAAUGACUGUCGCGUAAAAUCGCAAGGCUUUAUUAAAUUAGAUGCUGUAAUUGAAGUAAGCCACGUUACACAUAGACAAUGUCCCAGUUUCAUACAUGGCACGUCUAAACCUGGGCUGGAAUUAUCAUUGCAUUGUACAUAACCAUCAUUAUUUUCUUAUAAUAAAACAAUGUAAAUAAUCA